AUGAUCAAAAUCACUUCUCAUCGUCCUUCGAGUUCCUCCUCCAUUCCUGAAUAUGAGAAACUAAAGAUAAAAGUUCCAUUUCCGCCAGACAUCAAAGCAGUAGACUUGGUUCGUAAGCGAAAAACUUUUGAAAGAUCAAUGAAACCGUCGAAUGCAUUCAUUAUUUAUCGCGGGCAAUAUUUGAAACAGUUGCAUCGAUUAGGAUUUAAACCUGACAUGAUACAAAUUUCAAAAAACGCUGGCAGAGCGUGGAAGGCUGAGCCAAAUGAUGUAAAAAAUUGGUAUGUUGAGUUUGCUGAAGUUGCGGGGAAAAUGAUGAUGCAGGAACACAUGAGAUUUGUUGCGCUAGAUAAAAAAAAUUGGGUUGAAUGGAAUGGCGUGCAAAGAUAUAAAGCGCGACCGAUAAUUUCAGAAAGUCAGAAAUCUAAAUUUUCAAAAACUACUCAGAAUAAUCAUUUGAUAAAAACACCAGAGGCAUCGAGUCUGUCGAGUCUGUCGAGAGGAUUUGAAUAUGAAGCUUUUAAUAAUUCGCAAAAAACACGCGAAUUUUAUCAAAAUUGGCCAAACGUUAACGUUACGGAUAAUAGUAAUAAUUAUCAUCAAUAUUACAAUCAUUAUACCAAUUCAGUGGAUUUUCGUGGUGGAGCUUACACUCAUUAUAUCAAUUCUUUAUCGUCAUCGCUAUCGAAUCAAAAUCAUUUAAUGUUCCUUUCUCAACAAAAUACUUCACCUCCUCAAAUCGAUAAUAGUGAACUGCAAACAGAGCAAGCAUUUAGCUUUAGCAACACUCAAAUAACUGAAACUAUUUGA